AUGAGAAUUCUUAAAUCUGAGAAUAAAUUAUAUGCUACUUGUUAUUAUAAUACACAAUUCCAGAAUUUUAGUAGCGGAAAUCAAGACAUUGACAAUUUAAUUAAGUCAACACAUAGUAAUCAACCAAGAUUUAGAUUAUCGUGGAUCCCAUUAAUCGAAUUUAUAGAUAUAAAACGAAUUGGAACAGUUGUGUUAAAGGUUCUUAAAGAUUCCUCGACCAUUGAUUCUGCAUUUUUAAAAGAGCUACAAAAUAUUGUUAAAAGUCAACCUAUUCUACUGUACGCAGUCUUGUUCAAUGUUAUGGAGUCUACUUUAAUGCAAAAAUGUUGGCGUUCAGAUCCUUUAAAGAGGCCAUCCAUUAAUGAAAUAGAUCAUGAAAUAUAUUCUAAAAUAAAUUCUAAGUAUUGGACGAUAAAUGAAAACUUUAUACAAGCUGAAAAUAAGUGGCAAGAAUUACUUAACUCCGGGAAAUUCAUUGUUAGAUAUAUGCAUCCUCAUUCUAAAACUCACAGUCAAAUAUUAAAUCCUACCAUAGACUUUAUGCAUUCAGAUUUAAUUCAAAGUUCUAAUUCUUCUACAUCAAGCUCUAUAGUUUCUCUUCACAGUAUUGGCGAUUAUUAUUCUUUUAACAUUAUAGGAACUAACGACUUAAGUACGAGCAUAAGUUUAUCUGUUUCAAAAAAGCACACUACUGAAUUUUUAUUAGCCAAUAAAAGUAUGAAAUUUACGUACAAAUCGUAUCAAACUAUUGGGCAGGAGGUACCAAAUUCACAAACAAAUAAUUUAUCAGUAUCUGAUGCUCUUAAACAGGUUACUACUCUCGGUGACUUAAGUAUUGACGAUAUGCUAAACUAUGAGGCCGGAAAAGCUCUAGCUAAGGCUCUAAAUAUGAAUUCCACUUUAAAAUACUUGGAUCUAAGUUCAAAAAAUCUUCUAAAUGGAUCUGGAAAAGCUUUAGCCGAAACUUUAUGCAACAAUAUCACACUAACUAGUUUAAAUUUAGAAAAGAAUCAUCUGACUGAUGAAGCAGGAAAGGCACUGGCUAAGGCUCUUCAUAUAAAUACCACGCUUACAUAUUCGAAUAACUUGGGAGAAUCAGCAGGAAAAGCACUGGUUGAAGCUUUAUGCAAAAAUUCUACGUUAACUCAUUUAAAUUUAUAUAAUAAUAACUUGGGAAAAUCAGCAGGAAAAGCACUGGCUGAACUUUUAUGCAUAAAUACUACGUUAACUGAUUUAAACUUAAGUGUUAAUAAUAACUUGGGAGAAUUGGCAGGAAAAGCACUGGCUGAAGCUUUAUGCAAAAAAUACUACGUUAGCUAA